GUCAGUAUCAACAAGAGAAUCUCUUGGACUCGAUCAACGACGAAGCUUUGAUUUAUAAACCCCAAAAGUUGGAAGUCAAAAAUCUCUUACAACAACCUCUCAAAGAUUCGUCUUUUGUGUUCCUUCUUCUUCUUCCUCCUCAAAUUUCUGUGUUGGAUUUGCAUUUUUACUCAUCUUUCUUGUUCUUUUGUAUAAUUUCUGAUAUGGGCGACACCGGAAGACACAAAUGGUUCUCCUUCCACCACCACCGCUCAGCCUCCGCCACAUCUAUGCCGCAACACAAUCCCGGCGAAACUCCGCCGGAGUUUCUCUGCCCAAUCACCGGAUUUCUGAUGUCGGAUCCCGUCGUCGUCGCAUCGGGUCAGACAUUUGAGCGUAUCUCCGUCCAAGUUUGCCGGAACCUCGGGUUUGCGGCGAAGCUACUCGACGGAACACACCCCGAUUUAUCCACUGUAAUCCCAAAUCUCGCCAUGAAAUCAACUAUUCUCAGCUGGUGCGAUAGGAAGAAACUGGAGCAUCCACGACCUCCUGAUUACGCCUACGUCGAAGGCGUGGUUCGUGCUCGUAUGGAUAAGGAUCCGGGUUCGGGUAAUCGGGUCUCGAGAUCGGAGAUUUUACCUCCGGUAGCUGAGAAUUCACCGUCUGAUUACGAUUCCGUGAUGAGCGCGAUUCGAUCUCGGUCAAGGAACUCGAUUUCGUCUUCCACUUCCCUUCCGAAUCACCAUCCCCGACCCGUUAGCCACUCCAUAUAUUCCAAUUCCUCGGGAGUUUUCGCCGGAGAUGAGAAUCCAAAUCGGAUCCAUGGCUCAUUCUCAACCUCCGAUUACUCUUCUUUUCCUCCGAUGUCAGAGGAGGAAGAAGAGAUUUACAACAAACUGAGAAGCCCAGACACAAUCGGUCACGAGCAAGGACUGAUUCUGCUAAGGAAGACGACGAGAUCCAGCGAGAACGCGAGGGUUUCUCUCUGCACAGAUCGGAUCCUCUCAUUUCUCCGGUCACUCAUCGUCUCACGGUACAACGUCGUGCAGACGAACGCCGCCGCGUCGCUGGUCAACCUCUCUUUAGAGAAACCUAACAAAUUGAAAAUCGUACGGUCAGGAUUCGUUCCUCUUUUGAUCGAUGUUUUGAAAUCAGGUUCAACGGAGGCGCAAGAACACGUAAUCGGAGCUUUGUUCAGCUUAGCGGUUGAGGAAGAAAAUAAAAUGGUGAUCGGAGUUCUCGGUGCGGUGGAGCCGCUCCUCCACGCACUCCGAUCAUCGGAAAGCGAAAGAGCGCGUCAAGACGCGGCUCUUGCGCUUUACCAUCUCUCGCUGAUACCUAACAACAGAGCAAGGCUGGUUCGAGCCGGUGCGGUGCCGAUGAUGCUGUCUAUGAUUCGAUCCGGUGAAUCGGCGAGCCGGAUUCUUCUGUUACUAUGUAACUUAGCGGCUUGUUCGGAAGGGAAAGGAGCGAUGCUGGACGGUAACGGAGUGGCGAUACUUGUUGGGAAACUUCGAGAAGGCGGAGCUGAUUCGGAGGCGGCGCGUGAGAAUUGCGUGGGGGCUUUGUUGACGUUAAGUAUAGGGAAUAUGAGGUUUAGAGGAUUGGCUAGUGAGGCUGGAGCGGAGGAGAUUCUGACGGAGAUUGUGGAGGGUGAGAGUGGAAGCGAGCGGUUAAAGGAGAAGGCGGCGAAGAUUCUGGUGGCAAUGAGAGGCGGCGGAGAGAGGGAGUUUGGUGAAGGUGCGGAGGCGCGUGAGUGGAACCGCAUGUUGGAAGCGAGUGGGUUGAGUCGGUCUCAGUUUCAAGGAGGGCAAAAAGAAGGUUUCGCUUAUUCUUCUCAGUUUUAACGCUAUCCGAUUUUUUUUUUCCCUCCUUCUUGUUGGUAAAAUAUUUUUUCAAAGCUUUUUUUUCUUACAAUUUUUUGUUUUUUGUUUUUUUUACUUCCGGAAAAAGGGAGUUGAAUAUUAUUUGGGAAGUGACUGUGUAAUAUUCUGAUUUGUCUUUUACGAUGAAACGACAAAAAAGUUGAAUGUUGGUUCGUUUACAGAAAAUUGCGCUCGUGUUUCAUGUAUAUGAU